CUUCUAUCGAGAAAAUUCCAAUGCAAAAGGAACUAGCAGAAAAAUGUUACGAGCUCUUUACAUGUUGAAUUGGAAGUUAUAGUUAGCUUUCCGCAAAGAAGAGCCUGUAGUUCUGCUUCAGUGUCUUCUAGAAGCAGGCCUAAGAGGAUGUCGCCGAGCAGACGGAGAAAACGCAGGAUGAGGAAGGGGGCAACGCGCGCGACUCAAGCUCUUAUCGCCGUUGGGGGCUGUAGUCGUGCGGUAGAUGGUAUCUCAACAUCAAUAUGGUUACGCCCGCGUCUGAACAACCGUCGCGUCGACACGUCAAGCGCAUUGCCGGGGGUCGAACACACCAAACCAGGCGUCCCCGAUGCGCCAACAAAAGAUCAUGAAGAUGAUCUUCUAGCAUUGUUGCAAAUGCAAUCGGAAAACCAGAUUGCAACGCAGAGUGACCAGCGACGCGAUGAACAGCAAGAUGGUGCAACAACUUCUAUUAAGGCUGUAGCUAAUGCAUCUUCGACUGCAUCCUUGAAACGUAUGGGGGAGUAUCCCAGUGCCGCGAUACUCUGGCAUACUUUUCAAGGAUGCAGCUGGAAGAUGAAUUACGGAGAGCGUUAAUUCUACGGAGGAGAAAAUGGUAUUCGGCAUACAGCGGAUUGGAAGUUACUCCGCUGAUCUUCCGAUCUCACCACACAAUCCCAACGCACAGUGCUUACAAGCAGGCGAUCUGAGCGAGGAAUUUAACGGAAUCCCUCUCAAAUUCGAGCCAUGUCUUAUGGAGAAAGAUCUAUACUAUAGAUUAUGCUUCUGAAAUUCGAGCCAUGUCUUAUGGAGAAAGAUUUAUACAACUAUAGAUUAUGCCUCUGAAAUUCGAGCCAUGUCUUAUGGAGAAAGAUUUAUACAACUACAUGGUUCGUUAUACUAGGCUUGGGCUUAGGCUUUAGAAUUAUAAUAUUCUCCUCUAAUUCCUAUAUCCAAUCCUCCGAACCGACGAUACUUACUAAAACUUAGACAGUAAUAUUCCUUCUAAUACCCAAUCCUCCGAACCCACGACGCUGGGAUACGAUCAGGUGAAAAAGGCAAGACAAGAAUUCAAAUUCUUCGGCUCUGGACAACUAAUGUCCGCAUUUCAUGGUGGAUUCUGCCUCCGUCGGGUCCUGUGCCGAACCCAACACGUUUACGACUUAGGUACUCCUUAUAACUCCUUACUACUUCAUCUUCUCUUGUGGGCCGUCGCGAUGAAGGCCUUGAUACUAGAUUUUCUCAGUUCAGGUGACCAGCACCAGUCUGAAACUAGAUGUUUGAUAUGUUGGCCCGCUUUCGUAGAAGUCUAUUUUUUGAUCCAAGACGAGCCUGCUUUCGUAGAAGUCUAUCCCCAAUCUCGAAUCGAUUUAGGUCCUUGUGAGGACAUGGAUACGCGUGUGGUGUUCGAGGUUUCGGUGCCUGUGAGGAAUACAAAUGAGUUGAAGCCUGUUGGCCGACCACUAGUUGCUCUGAACCAAGAGCCGACGUGUCAGAGCUGUGGGCCCUUUAUGAUGAUCCAAUUCUGCAAACACGGUCAAGUCCGGGGUAAAGGUCAUUGCGUUCAUGCGGGCUCGGAGAAGAGUCGUGCAGGUACUUUCUACAUGUUGUAGUUGAUGGGACCCCCGUCUGGUUGAGUAGGAGUAGAUCAUGCUAUAAAUUGCUUGCUAGAUGAGUACUCGAGGAUCCAUUUUUCCACUCAAGAAGAUCGUGUAGUAGACUCCAUUUUCUCUUUCUGGAGCUAAUAACUACCACCACCACAAGAAUCCUGCAGGCUGGACCCAGCUGCGAUCACAGUGGCUGCCACCGCCUGAUCCGAAUCCCGGAGUGCCCCUUUUUGACGUCGUCGAGUCAAUCACACGCCCAGCGUCGGCGGAUGGAAUUGCUUAUGGACACUUGUACUACUAAAGAUAGAAAUGAAGACUUCUUCUAGACUUGAUGAAUAAAGUCGUCAAACUUGUUUUUGGUUAUAAGUAUAAUUGAUUAGCUGCUGGUUCGGUAGCACGGGUGGUUUCUUCUCUUUGACUUCAAUUUAGUCCCGCGUCAUUAAUGUGCAUGAUUUCUACUGAAACUGUUCUUCAGAGCUACUCCCCCUUGCCCACAUCACCAUCACGCCGUUUCAUUCUCCCAACCCACGACUCCUUUCUUUCCUCACUUCCUUCCCUCUUCCACCCUUUUCUAUCAUUGUUCCCUUCCUUCCCUCUUCCACCCUUUUCUAUCAUUGUUCCCUUCCUUCCCUCUUCCACCCUUUUCUAUCAUUGUUCCCUUCCUUUCCUCUUCCACCCUACUUUUCUAUCAUUGUCCCCUUCCUUCCACCACUCCUUCCUUGUUCCACACUGCUUAUUGCAACCAACUUCUCCUUUCAUUCCCUUCCGUUAUCACAACCGGUCUGUGGCAGCUUCGUUGGGGACGGACCUGAUGCGGCUUCCUUUUUCUACUUCAUGAAGGCAGCACAGCCUGCUUCGGCUGUGGUCACCGGCAGUAGCUAUGGAACCCAAUCCUCCGUUAGCCUGGACAUGAACGUCAAGUAUCGUCCAAAACAGGAGAAAGCCUUCGACAUGCAAGUCGGUCUACCCGGCAACUAAACACUGCAGGUUGGUCGGUAAGUGACCAAAAACUGCUUUCGAUGUAUUUAUAGUACUGGACAACUAAAUCUAAAAGAAUCAGCAUUAUUUAGUACUAACAAACAGAAACAGAAACAGACACAGUUUGAUUUUGAAUCAUGAGCAGUUUUUCUUUUCUACUACUUCUUCUUCGUUGCAUAGUGACACGACAGGAAUCAAGGAAAUGUACAGAACACUCUGCAAAUGUGAAUAGCUCAGUUCAUCUUGUUGAAUGGAAGCUGUACUAUCCACUCGUAUGUGUAGAGACAGAUGCAGAUCUUGUAAAGAUGGUACAGAUCUCGUAGAAAUACAAAUUCCCGGAACUACUACAAGUUGUGGGCUGCAAACAAGGAG